GCUUGAUAACGGUGACACUUGUCCGUCCUCCCACAUCUCUUCACUUGCUGGUGUCUGGUGUUUCUGAUCAUGAUCAUCAGAAAAAACACAGUUGAAAGCAUAAGAUUCUUCUGGGUGCAUCGUCGCCUUCUGCUUUAUUCAAGUAUAUAAAGCAUCAAGCAUGGAGAACAUCACUGGAGUCUAUGCAAAUGAAACCGAUUGCAGGGAAGUGCAGAUCCCUAAUGAAAUCUUCUUCACCAUCGCUAUGGUGAGCCUGGGAGAAAAUCUGCUGGUGGUGGUGGCCGUCAUACGGAAUAAGAACCUUCACUCCCCCAUGUACUGCUUCAUCUGCAGUCUGGCUCUCUUCAACACCAUCUCCAGCCUGUCCAAGACAUGGGAAAAUAUCAUGCUAGUCUUCACCAACACAGGCCACCUCAACUCACGGGGGGAUACAGUGCUCAAGGUGGAUGAUGUGAUGGACUCCUUGCUCUGCAUGUCCUUCAUUGGGUCUAUCUUCAGCUUCCUGGCCAUCGCAGUAGACCGCUAUGUCACCAUCUUUCAUGCCCUGAGGUACCACAACAUCAUGACCAUGAAGCGAGCCAAGGCCAUCCUUGCAGCUAUCUGGGCGUUCUGUGGCUGCACCGGUGUGGUCAUGGUAGUCUUCUUCCACAAUGUUGCCAUCAUGAUGUGCCUCAUCAUCCUCUUUGUGUUUGCUCUGGUCCUCAUCCUCUUCCUUUAUGUUCACAUGUUCCUUCUGGCCAGACAUCAUGCCAGGAAGAUUGCCUCCCUGCCAGGAAGCGCCAAGCAUCACAAUCUGAGGGGGGCGCUGACCCUCACCAUCCUAUUUGGGGUCUUUAUUGCAUGUUGGUCUCCAUUUUUCCUCCACCUUCUCAUCAUCAUGGUGUGCCCUCAGAACCCAUACUGUGAGUGUUAUAGAUCCCUCUUCCAAAUCCAUGUCAUUCUCCUGAUGAGCCACGCUGUCGUUGAUCCAGCCAUUUACGCCUUUCGGAGUGCAGAGCUACGAAGCACCUUCAGGAAGAUGUUCCUCUGCUCAGAUUCGAGGCUGUGCCGUUAAGUCGACCCAGCGGUGACAUCUUCUCCUACCAUUGUUUUCAAAAUAUUACUUUGGGACUUCUCUCUCAAUCGAGUUAGCAACAGUAACAUGGUGCUUAUUUAUUGAUCUGUCCAUUUGGGAAUCCUAGAAGAGAUGAUCUCAUUACCCAGUGCUCACUCCCUCCCAGAGUAGCAUCUUUUCUGAAAGUCUCCUAGACACAGCACUUCAUCAAUGACAAACCCAGAAGCCGAACCCAAUCUGUCCUACGGCGACCAGAUGGGAUCCGGCGAAAGCCAGCCAUUUAAACAAUGAAUAUGAGAUUAAACCUCAAAACAAAAUGUAAUUAUUCAGUCAUCUAAAUAUACAGAGCUCUAUUUUAGGCUGGUUUUAAUGCAGGGGAUGUAACCCAUGUUCACAAUCGUCUGUGAUAACCUGAUGCAGAGCAUCACUGUAGGUGGGGGGUUCCAAAGAAACAUUUUUUUUUAUAACAUAGCUUGGAAGAAACUAAGUGACCCAUGAAAAUAAACCCGCACAGCUCAUAUGGCAUGAAAUUCCUGUUCAUUUAUUUCAUAGUUUGGCUUAGUGUUUCUGUAAUGAGUUAAGCAGUGUCUGCUUCUGAACAGCGUGCUCAUCAGCUGACUUCACCAUGCCGGAGGGUGUCCGUAUCCCCCCCCCCCCCAGCACCUGCAGUUUGGCGGGGCCCCACAUUUUCCCCACGUUUGACAUGUUCUCUGCCUGUU